GCAGAAGUUUAUAACGGAGAGAAGAAAAGAGGGAGUUAAGAUGAAGGGAUAGAUGUUGGAGAACUGAGGAAGGAGGAGGAGGUCGGCCAGGAGCUCCAUCUGCUGCCUGAUGAUGAAAAGGAGGACAGAGUUCCUCUACCUCUGAUUGGCUCACAUCCUGAAUGUCUGGAGCCUUGAAGGGAUCGGUCCUCCUGCAUUUUCAUGUAACUUUGGACCAGGUGACGCUGCUUCAGAAACAGGCCCAUAUGACCAAAUGAGGGUCCAGCUGCUGAGCGCCAUGAGCAGGAAGGACAGUGAGCUGGAGGGUCGCCUCGACAACCUGCUGUCACGAAUCGCCAUGGAGACGCAGGAGAUCAAGGAGCUGGAGCAGCAGCUGACCAGUGGUCAGAUUCUGGCCAACGAGGCUCUCCAGAAGGAUCUGGAGGAGGUGAUCUGUGGACUUCAGGAGUAUCUGAGAGGAAUGAGGCAGCAGGCCUGGCGCUCUCAGCUGCAAGUCCAUGUUUUACAGACUGAAAACCAGAGCUUGCAGCGCCUCCUGGAGGAUGCUCAGAGACACUGCAGGCAGCUACACGACACACAGCAGGAGGAGCUGUCUGCACUGUGGAUGGAGGCUCAGGCUCUAAGGGACAGACAGGUGGAGCUGAAGGAGGGGCUUCAGCAGCUGAAGGAGGAGCUAACCCAGCAGGAUGGUAACCAGAGACUCCAGGUCCAACUGGAUCAAAGUAAAUCCCAGUUAAAUCAGACCGAGACCCAGCUGGAGCGGUUUACAGUUGGUCUAUCAGAACUUCAGGAGAACCAGAGAGCACCAAAGGAUAAAGUCAGUCCUAAGGACUUGCUGUUUGGGAGUAUUGAGCAGCUUGAGAAGUCCGCCCAGGGGAACCUGGCCAGCAGACAGGAGCUCCAGCAGGGCCAGAACCAGACAGUGGAGCAGGACUCUGACUGGGAGUUAAAGGAGGAGCUGCAGAGACUCAGAGACCAUCUGCUCAGAUCUCAUAGCAGGACUGGACUCGUUCAACUGAACCUGGCUCCCAGUCUGGCCCCUCAGGGGACUCAGGACUCAGGUUUAGGGCUGCAGUACCUCAGUUCUCCUGACAGGGGGCAGCAGCAGGACGUCCUUCCUGCAGGAGGAGAGUCGGUCUCUGGAGGAGAGAUUCCUCCAACUCCUCCUAAUCCGUCUGAAGGCGUCUCUGCUGGGAUCUCUGAGGCUCAGGGUCCCCUAGUGGGCCUCAGCUGGCUGCUCUGUGGUCCUCCAACAGGGGGCACUGCACAGUGCUGUGGCAUCCAACACCACAGAGACAAGGGAAGCAGGUGUGUGUCAGGGUGUGUGCACAAAGUGGAGGCGAAGAAGCUGCAACGCUCCCUGAGACGACGCAGGAGUGUGCUGCAGGUGUGUGAUGAGCUCGAGUGUUUGGAAGAAACUCUGCUGCAGAGACGGGCGGAGCUCCGUCAGGCCGAUCGGCUGCUGCUGGAGGCUCAGAGCUGCCGGCAAACCGCCAGAAGAACCGCUGACAGAAUGCAGCAUAGACUGGAGGACAGCGCCACCUGUCUGCUGGAGGCAACACAACACCUCAGGAAGCUGCAGGAGGAGGCGGAGCAGCUGAGGAGGAAGAGGGAAGUGGAGGAGAAGCCGAGGAGCAGACAGAAGGAGCUCCACCGGCUUGGAUCAAAGAUCUGCAGACAUCCACGCAGACCAGCCGACCUGCUGUCAGACUGUCAGGGGGCUCAGGAGCACCUGGACCCACUCACCUGUCAGGAGGAGCAGAGGCUGGUUCUGAAGAAAGAGGAGCUGCAGGCUGCUGAGGACAGAGUGAUGAAGCUCAGAGAGGAGGAGCAGCGCCUGCUGAGCAUCAUCAAGGAUCUGUUUGAGCAGCAGGAGGCGCUGUUCAUUGAGAGGAGGUCCACAGGUUCAAGUGUAAAAGAGGAGGAGCAGAGACUGAUCAGAGUGAAGGCAGAGCUGACCUCACACCAAACAGAGCUCAAACAGAUCCUGCUGGAGGUGAUGGUGGAGCAGGAGGUGAUGGAGGAGGUGAAAACCAAAUGCUCACAGACUCUGCAGCAGCUGCAGAAGAUGAGGGAGAACUUCAACAAGAUGAAGGGCGAGGUGGAUGAUAAACGCAAGGAGCUGGCUGAGCUGCAGCAGGAAGUAGCAUCAUACAAAGAAGAUGCAGCAUCAAGUCUGAAAGACAUGAGGCGACAGAGAGCUGCGCUGCAGGAGGUGCAGCACGAGUUGAGCAGGAGGAAGGAGGAGAGGAGCACCCUGCAGGAGCAGUGCAGAUACCUGGAGGCCAGAAGGAGGCACACUGACAGGUGUCUGUCCGUGAUGGAGGUGGAGCUAUCUAAAAAAGAGGGAGGAGCUACGUCCCACCCAAAUCUGUAAAGAGGGAGUGGUCAGAUAGACAAGAGCCAAUCAGCGGCACGUUAGCCGAUGACAUCAUUAAAUAAAUCUGUUUUAGUUUAAGAUAAA